UUUGCAUUGUGACCAUCAGAUGACGCUGAAGAGGCUCCACGGUCCCACCGAGACAGUUGAAUGGGAUCCCAGUGUGAUCUGGCACAGAGGCGGGAGGGGAGCACAGCACAAGUCCUGGAAGAGGUUUGAACCAAAAGCACUCUGCUGCCCGACUUUUAUCGACAUUCCUCCGUCUGUCCGGCCCGCAGAGCUGAGCCAAACGGUUCAGGGUGCGUAAUUACGCACGGGACGACAGAUCCGCGGUGUUACUCGCCGUGGAAACCCGCGGACAAAGGAAGGCAGGCAGACCGGAGUACAACAACUGACUUGAGAGGAGAGGACUACUGUUGGAGGGGAAACGAGGGGAAUCUAGAGUCGGAAGUGAUUUGUCUUUUUUUUUUUCUUCCAGAAAUGUAACUUGCAGGAUUUCGGGGAAGAAGCGAAUACAUUUUUUAAACCGAAGAGAAAAGGACAAAAAGUGGAGUGGUGAGUGGAAUCAGACCCCAAAUCAGCAUUCACAUCCUCGGAGCAUGGGAGGAGUUGUCUACAAGCUGUAAAAUGUUCCCGCUACAUCGAGAGAGGGAGCAGCCCAUCUUCAGCGCCAGAGCUCAUGUCUUCCAGAUCGACCCGGCCACCAAGCGCAACUGGCUGCCAGCCAGUAAACACGCCGUCACCGUGUCCUUCUUCUACGAUGCCAGCCGCACCGUCUACCGCAUCAUCAGCGUGGGCGGGACCAAGGCCAUCAUCAACAGCACCAUUACCCCCAACAUGACCUUCACCAAAACCUCCCAGAAGUUUGGCCAGUGGGCAGAUAGCCGGGCCAACACUGUCUACGGCCUGGGCUUCUCCACAGAGCAGCAGCUGCAGCAGUUUGCAGAGCAGUUUAAGGAGGUGAAGGAGGCGGCCCGUCUGGCCAGAGAGAAAUCUCAGGAGAGGUUUGAACUGGCCAACCCUGCGCUCAACAUUGCAGCUCCAGAGCUCUCCCAGGAGUUGUCAGAGGAGCGCCAUUCUCCGCCGCUACUCACAGUCAAUGGGCCGGGCGAGGAAAAGCUGUUUCGCAGCAAGAGCGCUGAAGUGGAGCUGACGGUGGAAAAGGAGAGGGUCAAAAAGAUGUUGUCUGAAGGGUCCAUGUGUGAGAUAAACCUGGAGGCUGAACUCUUCACCCUGCAGGACAGUAACGCCAAGCUGGUGGCAGCACUGCAGGAAGCAAACGGCAGCGUGGAGCAUUGGAAGAAACAGCUCGCUGAAUACCAGGAGGAGACCGAUCGCCUCAGAGACCAGGUGGCAGAGCUUGAGGCCCAGCUGGGACAUCCUGCUGCUGGUCAGACUGUUAGAGAGGAGCUGAGUCGGUCACUGGAGGAGCUGGAAGCCCUGCUGAGUGCCAAAGACCAGGAAAUUCACAAUCUACAGAGCAAAAAAACAGAUGUGGGUGAGCUAGAGAAGGAGAGAGAGGAGGCCAUGCAGAGACUCCAGGAUGUGGAGAGACGAAACACUGAGUUGGAGGAUCGGGUUCAGAGUGCUGAAAAGACACUGGCCUCCAGCCGGGAGGAGCGGGACCAGGCGGAGGUCGAGGUCCGACGUAUCAUCGAGGUUCUGGACAACAAAAUCUGCGACCUGAACGACCUGAGACAGAGCCUGGCAAAGCUCAUCGACAAAUAGCCACAGCAGACGUUGGGCUGCAUCUCCACAGUCUGCACUGGUUCCACCCGUGUGGCCUUGAUUUGUGUUUUACUGGUUUUUCAGCUGAGCAAAAAUCAAAGCAAUAUGGAGGAAAACGUACAGGUGUUUACCUUCAUGGAUCUGUUUUUUAAGAUCAGUGCAGGUAAACAGGUAUCAGAAACCUCUUAAAGGUGCUAUGUGCAAAAUAAAGCAUCAUUGUCACAUUAAUAUUGCAACCUUGGUAUGAUUAUCAUAAACAGUUGACAGUAUGGUUUAAGUGGCUACUACUACUUGUUUUUCCAGAUCAUAGUUCCCAGCAGCUGCAUGCCCUUCAGCCCCUCAACCUUGAAAAGGACAAAAUUAUAUUUAUACUAGAUUUUUACUCUUUUCACCAUCUAUCAUCACUGAAAACUCUGAAAGAUUUGGAUCAAUUUGUUCUGGAAGAACAGCGAACUCCUCUUCUUCUUUUUGGUGCCCAAUGGUUCACAACAUAAAAUGCUGAGUACUGGCUGCUAUAAGCUGAGGACUGAUGUAAUGAUUUAUUGAUAGCAAUUAAUACACAGAGCACCUUUUAAAAGAGGAAUUGCACCAAAGCUGAUUUUAAGCUUGCUAUUUUGCAAAAGUAGACAUUUCCAACAGGUAUUAGGUAACAGGAUUUUCUACUUGUUUGUUAGUUAUUUUUGCUGUUUUCCUGCAGAGCUCUCAACCAUUGAACUGUGUCUGGGCACAGACAGUAAAACUGCAGUCCUGUAACAGCAGGACUCCCAUCAGGACUCGAGAUGGUUGAAAAAUAAAGUUAUAUGGAUUACAUUUUUAUACCUAUACUAAACAUAAAUAUUUAUCAUAUUUCUGGACAUUUGGUUUAUAGAAACAACAAAGCGACUGUCCAUAAAUGUUUUUUCACUGCAGUUUGGCAGAAGACUUUGACACAUUAAACUAAUAGCCUAAGGCCUACACAUAAUAAUAGUCCUGUAUGAAUCAGGCUAUUAGAUGUGCGUUUUCUCAUAAUGUUAUUGGUAGAUCUCACUGCGAGUAAGACAACUGAGAAAAAUCAAGACAAGCUAUACAAGUAAAAUGUCUGCUUUUACACAAUAACAACCUUGAUUUCAUGUUGGUGUCUUCCUUCCUUCAACACUGUGGAGAUGCAUCUAGUAGGCGUUUGGUUGGGGUAAGGACACAUGGAGGCAAAGACCCUGAAUAAAGUCAGCUCCAGUUCACCAUCAGCAGCCUGGACUGGCCUCACCCCAGCCAGAACAUCAACAAACUCAGAGGUGCAACAACCUGCUCACAUUCUGUCCUCUGAGGAUCGCCAGCGUACGUUUUUUUUGUUCCUGUUUUAUGGGAACUGCUCUUUCUCACCACCUAUUCUAUUAUUCAUGUUCAUCGAUGGGUUACUCGCAGGAUGGGAUGGGAAAUCAACAAUGGCUACCUGCUAAAUUCAAGCUGCGGCUGGUUAGGUGUGUCCACCAGGCCACUUUGACAGGUAGAUCAGCAUGUGAAGGAAAGGUCCUGAUGUGUCCCUGUGGCCAGAGACGCUGUUUUCCCACCCUCAGAGUGUUGAGUUGAACCUGAGAUUGCACUUGAUAAUGUUUGUGCCAAGUUUUACUUUGUUUACAUUUGUCAGUGUUCACAAAAUGAUACAGUUUUACUAUAAUGUACUUUUUCUGCGUUGCUCAACACUAUCAUUUACCAUAAUAGUAAUAACAACCCUAGAGAGAGGCUCAUCGGGGCUGCUGAGCAUAGAUCACAAUGAGAGCACUGCAUGAGCUCUGCAGUGUGAAGCUGUGUGUGUGUGUGCACACAAUACUUGGCAGUGUGCAACCUCAGACUGCUUUAGUUAAAAAGCACGACUACAGUAGUUUUAGUAAGUGAGUACUUAAUUGACUUGUCUGUCAGCUUUGUAUGUGAACUUCUGAUGCACAAUAUCUAUCAAUCUUUGCUUCUCGCCCCCUAAUGAGUUAUUGAUUUCUUCAUAUGGCAGUAAUAUAGGUACAAAUAAGGUGCAGUCUAUUGCGGCUGAUGAUACAGUAACUGCCAAGAUCAUAAUGCCAUAAUGAAAUCUGUUAAUGUAAUAAACUACCAAAUAAUGUACUAGCACCAUAUUAUUAACCUGCAAUUCUUACUUUGUAAGGGUUGUACCAUUUUCAACUGAUGGUGCAUUUAUAACCACAACUUAUUAUAGCUUGAGUUCAACAAGCCUAACACUAAUAAUAGUUAUAAUAUAAUGUUAUUGCUUUAUGCUGCUAUUAAUCACAUUAAGAGGUUUUAUUGUACCUUCAGUCUAAUAAGGUUUCAUCAUUUUGACAAGUUACUACACUACACUCUGGGAGUUCUGACAUCAGCUGCUACAUGUAAGCAUCACUCAAUUAGCAAUAAAGUUUCUAGCAUAGAUGCCUGUUUAUAGUUAAGUACUAGUAAUUUGUAGGUAAUGAGACCUCUGUGAAGCCUGUUCUCAUCCAUUUUAACAACAGAUGUGCUUUUUUCACAACUUAGUUUUUUUUUCAUGGCUUCAGAUUACUACCAGCAUUUUAUCAAGCAUGAAGAAGAUGGAGAGGCCAUCGGCUCCUCACGGUUGAUGUGUGAAACACUUUGCUUCAUAACAGCCUUAUUCCAGUGUAUCAUUAAUGCACAAUAACAGUGUGUGAAUACAUUAGGAAUAGAUGAGAUUUUCAGUAUUCUUACGCAUCUACAACGGGUUAAAGAAGAAAUCCACCUUAUAUUUGAGACUAUUUGGGGACCUGCUGGUGAUGUGCGUUACACUAAACAACUAAUUGGAAACUGAAGUGUAUUAUGAUUCUUUGUGGCUGCAAUGACAAAAAAAUUAAAAUAGUAGAGGCAGGUUGAAGGACAUUGCUGACACCACAAAAAAAACCCUAAAGCCUACAAUAAACAGAAUAUUUGAGCAUCUGUGAGUGGAUUCAUCCUUAAAUACACUGGAAUAAGGCCUUUUUAAAAACAUCUUUUGCCAGCUACGAGAGAAUGAUGUACCAAAGAUGCACCGCUGUCAUGCUGAAGCCACAUCAACUGGAAUAAACACAACUUCUGUAUGAUGCUGAAGUUCAUCUCCAUCAUAUUCUUAAAUUUAACAAGUUUGAGUUUGCCCAAAACAUCUGACAUUUCAGUACGACUCAAAAUACCUCAGUUUCAUUAAUGUAUUGAUAAAUGAGGAAAACUGUUGACUGGUGUUGGUCACUUCAAGGCCACAACUUUGUUUCGCAAGAAUUACUGAAUUGAAUAGAGCAGAUGUUUGUAUCGGAUUUGACAAUGUGAGAGGAGUUCCUUAUAUUUGUAUAGAACUGUUUAACAUUAAAACUCAGUCAUGCCAAGUCA